AUGGAGGUCCCCUGUUCUCCCGGAUCGGUGGCGGUAAUGGGAGGGAGGCAGCGGAUGGCGACCCCGGAGGCGGAGGCUGCUGCGGCGGCGGCGGACGCGGUGGCGCUGGCGGUUGCGAGGGACGAGGCGGCGGAGGAGGACGACGACGAGGCGGCCGCGGCGGCGGCGGGGGAAGGAGGGCUGGAGGUGGUGGUGCCGAUCGGGGCGCAGAAGCACGACCCGGCGUGGAAGCACUGCCUCAUGGUGCGCCUGGCCGGCCGGGACCGCCUAAAGUGCGUCUACUGCGGCAAGCACUUCCUCGGCGGCGGCAUCCACCGCUUCAAGGAGCACCUCGCGCGCCGCCCGGGGAACGCCUGCUGCUGCCCCGACGUCCCCGCCGACGUCGAGGCCCUCAUGCACCGCAGCCUCGACGAGGUCGCCGCCAAGAAGCUGCGCAAGCGCGCCCUCGCCGCCGCCAUGGCCGCCGUCGCCUCCGCCGACCCCGCCGCCUUGCCCGCGGCCUCCUCGCCUUCCCCCUCCCCCUCCGCCUCCAACGGCGACCUGGCCAGCCCCAUCCACGUCCUCCCACUCAACCAGGCCCCCCGCGCCGCCGAGGAGGCCCCUCCCAUGGGGACGGGGUCGGGGUGGACCGGCGGCGGCGCCACCAAGAGGAGGAAGAAGGCGCUGGCCGUGAGGCGUGCUCCUGCUUCUGUCCCGCAGGCCCAGCAGCACCCUCUCCAGCCUGCUACUCCUGCUCCCCAGACGCAGCCUCCUCACCAGACGAUUAUGGCGCUUGAUGCGACAGCAACAGCACUGCCGCUGUCAAGGCAUGUCGAUCCGGCUGCGGGCUCGGACAGGGACCAGGUUUGCAUGGCUGUUGGGAGGUUCUUGUAUGAUGCCGGUGUGCCACUGGAGGCGGUGAAUUCCGUGCAUUUCCAGCCGAUGGUCGACGCUAUUUCCUCCAUGGGAGGGAAGCCUGAGGUGUUCUCAUACCAUGACUUUCGCGGCUGCGUCCUGAAGAAGUCGCUGGAUGAAGUGUCGGCUCAGUUAGAGUACUACAAGGGGUCAUGGACUCGCACGGGGUGCUCAGUGUUGUCCGAUGAGUGGACGACUGACAAGGGCAGGACCUUGAUGACCUUUUCGGUGUAUUGCCCUGAAGGCACCAUGUUUCUGAAAUCGGUUGACGCAACAGAUAUCGUCACAUCAUCAGACGCGCUGUUUGAGCUACUGAAGAGCGUUGUUGAGGAGGUUGGAGAGAAAAAUGUCGUCCAAGUGAUCACAAACAACUCUGAGAUUCAUGCAGCCGCAGGUAAAAGGCUAGGUGAAACAUUUCCUACACUGUUCUGGUCUCCAUGCACUUUCCGGUGCAUCGAUGGUAUGCUUCAAGAUUUCAGCAAGGAGACAGCAGUUAGUGAGAUCAUAAGCAACGCAAAGACCAUCACUGGAUUUUUGUACAGCAGUGCUCUUGCAUUGAGUUUGAUGAAGAAGCAUCUGCAGGGGAAGGAUCUGCUAGUUCCUGCAGAGACCCGUGCUGCCAUGAACUUCGUGACGCUGAAAAACAUGUACAGUGUGAAGGAGGAUUUGCAAGCCAUGAUCAGUUCAGAUGAAUGGGUACACUGCCUGCUGCCAAAGAUACCCGGAGGGAUAGAAGUGAGCAAUAUUGUUAGCAAUUCGCAAUUUUGGUCUUCAUGUGCCUUGGUUGUUCGUGCCACCGAACCACUUGUGCAUCUUCUUAAGCUGGUAGGUAGCAACAAGAGGCCUGCUAUGGGGUAUGUUUAUGCUGGAUUAUACAAAGCCAAAGCAGCAAUCAAGAAAGAGCUAGUGAAGAAGAGCGACUAUAUGCCUUACUGGAACAUUAUUGACCAGAGAUGGGACAGGCACAUGCAACGACCGCUUCAUUCAGCUGGUUUCUUCCUAAAUCCACUGUUUUUUGAUGGAAUUGGAGAUAACAUAUCGAAUGAGGUUUUCUCAGGAAUGCUAGACUGUGUAGAAAGGCUGGUGUCUGAUGUCAAAAUCCAAGAUAAAAUUCAGAAGGAGCUUAACAUGUAUCGGAGCGAGGCAGCUGGGGAUUUUCGUAGGCAAAUGGCUAUCCGAGCCCGGCGUACUUUACCUCCUGCUGAGUGGUGGUAUAUGUAUGGCGGAGCUUGCCCGAAUUUAACACGUUUGGCAGUACGUGUCCUCAGUCAGACCUCCAGCGCUAAAGGGUGUGAUCGGACACACAUUCCUUUCGAACAACUCCAUGACCAAAGAAUGAAUAUUUUUGAACGUCAACGAAUGCAUCAUCUCACCUUUGUUCAAUGCAACCUGCGGCUACAAUACAGGCAACAAUACAAGGCGAAGGCAUUUGAUCCAAUCUCGGUAGACUACAUAGACAUAGUUGAUGACUGGGUGGUGGAUAGAUCCGCACUGUUCUCGGGACCAGCAGAGCAGCCAAACUGGAUGGAGAUUAGUCAACCAUUCAACUGGACCUCAUCAGCAGGACCGGGCGAUGAAUUCGAGUCCUUCAUUGAAGGAGUCGAUGAUGAGAUGAUCCAAGGCGCUUCCCGAGGAAUCCAAGCCGAUGAUGACGACAAAGAUGAUUCCAAUGAUGUAGAGAAAACCCUGCCUGUGGGUGAACAAGUUGGCUCUAACUUGGAUAAACCUGUAAACUAA